AGGAGAUUCAGUCGCCGUUUAGACCGCGACAACGCUGGGCAUCGAACCGGCUGCUCGCCUCCUCCGUUAAUUUUCGUAUCGCGAUUUUUCAGCACUCAUUUUAACAAUAAAUCCCUAACAUACUCCGUAAUUAAAUAAAAUUAAAUAAUUAAAAAUUUAUUUAAUCCAAAAUUCGAUUUAUUUCUCCCAAGGCAAAAAAACCAACGCAGCUGCUUGUACUAAUUUGUAAAACCCAAUUACCAACUAUGUUACUGUAAAGCGCGAUUAUCAUUAAAGACAAAAAAGAAACAAGUAAAUCUAUUUACCUGGUCAAUAAAAAAAAAAAAAAUAGUGGAAUAGAAUAGGAAGCGAAAAAAUUAGCAAAAAAGUGUAGGAACUAUUUUUAUUCGGCAAAUGCAAUUAUAACGUGAGUCACGUGCGUGAUUAUAAACGAGGAAGAUAUAGAGGAACGGAAUCAUCAGAAACGUCAUCAAGUUGCUCGGAAGUGCGAUCUGGUAAAAUAGUUAGUUUUACGGCUGGGGUUAUUUCAACUCCGGUUUCAAGCUCGUAUUCGGGUUCAUCUAAUUCUUCAUUACCGGGGCUUGAGGACAUUACUGAAGAAAGAAAUAAAGAAGAGCUAGAAGAAGUGGGACGUCAAUUUGACCGCGAUUGCCGGGGUUUGUGGACAAAGACCGAGGACGAGAUCGGACCCGGAUGCUCGCAAGAACAAGACGUCGGAAGCGCUGCCACGUUGGAAGGGAAAAUCUUGACGGUCCUCAACAAGUUUCUGACAACAUCCCCUUUGGUUAAUAAGGUUAAGCUACUUAUGACACGUAAAGACACUGAUGGAGGAAGUGGAGGCGACGAAGAACCCGGUAGUUGUUCUUCAAGGCCAUCGAUUAGUGAAACUUCCUGGGCGGAUGCGCAAAAACCGUCAGUGCCAAAUGAAUUUACGUCAACUUUAACAUCAAUUCGACAGCAGUUUCCGUUCGACGAUGAUACCGAUAAAAUAAUUUCAAGAGAGAAACAAGAGACAUUAGAAGAGCCGAGACAUGAUAAAUGUCUUCUACGAGCAGACUGUCCUGUUCAAGCUAUCGAAGUAACCGGUUGUGAGCCAACAACAGACACAAAGAUGGAGCCACUUAUCAUCUCGACGGCUUCUUCAAGUUCUUCAGUAUCGGGACAAACGAGACUUCCUACUAGUUUACUUUUCGAGCUACCAGACUCUCGCAGAGGAUCCACUACUCCGAGUGAUCAACUGCCUGCUAUUAGUAAAGCCCAAAUGAAAGAAUUCGAAGAAGCAUUCAACCUUUUUGAUAAAGAUCGUGAUGGCAGCAUCACGAAAGAAGAACUCGGCAGAGUUAUGCGCGGUUUGGGGCAAUUCGCGAGGACAGAGGAAUUGCGAACAAUGCUGGAGGAAAUCGACACUGAUGGUGAUGGAAAUGUCAGUCUAGUAGAAUUUGUCAAGAUUGUUAGUGAUAUUGGCAAUGCAAGCGCUGCUCAGCAAACAGAUCUCACUCAAGAGCAACAGGAGGAACAAGAAUUACGCGAUGCAUUCCGAGUCUUUGAUAAACAUAACCGUGGUUAUAUCACAGCGUCCGAUCUCCGAGCCGUUCUACAGUGUCUAGGUGAAGAUUUAUCCGAGGAGGAAAUUGAAGAUAUGAUCAAAGAAGUCGACGAGGAUGGAGACGGAAGAAUUGAUUUUUGUGAAUUUGCUCGAUCACUUGUGAAUCCCGUGAGUGACAAUGAAGACGAGGAUGAACCAGAAGAUGAGGAGCCGCCACUGUCACCUCUUCCAGCCUCUAUUCCUACAUCUCUUCCAGCGUCUACUUCUACACAAAUUCUUACAUCUCUUCCCGCACCUAUUACAACUAUUUCUACAUCUCUUCCAGCCUCUACUUCUACACAAAUUCUUACAUCUCUUCCCGCACCUGUUACAACUAUUUCUACAUCUCUUCCAGCAUCUACUUCUACACAAAUUCCCAUAUCUCUUCCUGCGCCUGUUCCAACAACUCUAUCUACAUCUCUUCCAGCCCCAAUUCCUACGACCCUUCCUACAUGUCCUCUUACGGAAAAUUCAAUGGCCAAUUACAAAUAAGAGGAUUGUUAAAUACUUCUGAGUGUUUUUUUUUCCACCGUAAACGAAAUAUCAACGAGAGACUACUUGAAGCUAAAUGAAAUAAUAAAAUAAAAUAAAUAACUUAAAAUUAAUUCAUUAAAAUAAAUAAAUAAAGUCAUAAUCACUGCACGAUAUUGUCAUUAAUAAAUUUAUUCAUACUAACAGACACAUCGCGUGUCUAUGAGUGAUGUAAUUAUAUGUGUAUAUGUAUAAUGUACAUUUUGGCUUUUCAAUUUAAAAACUAUUUACUGACUAAAAUUAUAUAAAAAUUAA